AUGACCAGGCAAGUAUUCAAUUCUGAACAAAAUUCCUCGCUUCAUUUUCUUACACACGAUAUUUUUCUACCCAUUCAGCUCAGUGCCCAAGCCCUCAAAUCGUACUAUGGGUCUAUGCCUAAUUUGAUAGCCGAUUGGACCAACGAACAGGAUAGCUACGAUCCCAGAUCCGGCCCAAUAAUACAAGGUAACAUGGAGGAUGACGUCCAGUUGUGUUUGAACCAAGAGACCAAAAGAGAUCGCAUUUCGAAUCAGCUUAAAGCAACUCACCGAACUAAGUCCUAUAAUCUUGUCCCUACACCGGAGAAUACGGCCCCUAUGCAUCCACGAGAAGCAUUGGUUUGGAAACCGGAACAUGAACCGGUUCCCACUUUCGGAGAUUCCCCCGGUGGCUAUCCGAAUCGCGUUCUCUACGGCAGCCCAGAAAGUGAAUCAUUCAUCUCGGAACAGACAGAACAUGAAGAGUUGCCGCUCACAUUCACUCAGGCAGCGGAUGCGUUGAAUAAUUUACGACUUGACUGUCCUAAUCCGGCACCUGUACGUCGACGUGAGACUGGAGCAAGAAGUGCAGAAUCUAUCUAUGAGGGCGAUGACACCUUGAUUGAAGAUAAUGAUCCAAAUACGAACUUCGAGAAAUUUUUCGAAGAUAAAAUUCAUGAACAAAAUCUUCUGUUGAAAUUAAUGCGAAUGGAACAGAGGAACUGGGAGGGACGUAUUGUGAACGCUCUACAAUAUCGAAAUGAGGCAAGUCUAGAAAAUACCUUGUUAAAAACAGUAGUGAAAAUGGAAGCAUGGGCUUUUACUGGUGCCUCUACCGAAAAGAAUCAGUUUUACGACCCUUAUUCUGGAAUCACAUCCUAG